GAAUUCUGGUGUUGAUUUUUCAAAUUAAAUCGUGAAAACAAAAAAAAAAAUAUCAAAACAUCGGCACAAUGAAUCGAUACAAUUCAUUGUCGAUGAAUGUUUUAACUAUCAUCAUUAUCUUCAUCAUCGGUACAUUGGCCAUAUUGAUACAAUGUCAACCUGAUGUGAAUGAUUAUAAUAAAAAUCGACAUAGCCGUCAUCAACAACAUCAUCAUCAUAUUCAUCGUUUGAAUCGUAAUUAUAAUAAUAAUAAUAAUGAUAAAUCUGGCCAUGAUGUUGGUUUUGUCAUGAUGAAUGAUCGUCGUGAUGAUCAAAAUAAUAAUCAUGGUUAUGAUACAAAUUCUAAUAAUGGUGGUCAGAAUAAUGCCGUAACCGGUAGUAGUAAUAGUGGUGGUAAUAGUGGACAGAAAAAAUCUUCAUAUAAAGUACUUUAUCUUCCGGUUAUACCGGUAAAAACGGCUAAACAUCGUUCCACAAAUAAUAACAACAACAAUAAUAAUAAUAAUAAUGGUGGAACUAGUGGCAAUAAUCAUGUUAACAAUAACGAAAUGGGUAGCUAUGCACAGGCUUCAUCAUAUGGUCCUGGUUCAAAUGGACCAAAUGAUGGUGAUUAUCAAGAAUCACCACUGUCAACCAAUGGUAAUUAUGGCGGUUCUGGAUCUAGUUCUGUUGCUGAUUUUAAUGAAGAAUCACCUGUUAUACCGGUGAUUAUCAUACAGAAAAGUGAAGAUUCAGGUAGUAGUAGCAGCAGCAGUAAUAAUAAUAAUAAUGGCAAAUUACAAUCACCAAUGGCAUCAUCAAUGAUGAUGAUGAACAAUAAUAAUAAUAAUAAUAAUGGACCUGUUCAUAAACAAGCAUCGACAACCAUAAGUAAUUAUAAUUCAAUGGCAAUGGAUUCACCUCCAUCAUCAUUAUCAUCGAAUUCAAAUUUUAAUAACAAUAAUCAUCAUCAAAAUCAAAAUAAUAAUAAUAAUAAUAACCAUCAUAUGGGUCAUAGUUUUCAUGGUAAUAAUGGAAUAUUUCCACCACCAUUUGGUACAAAUUUCAAUACACCAAACAAUGGCUUUAGAGGAGAUACAUUCGGUAAUAUUGCAUCGAAAUCUAUUCGUGAUAUUCGUCAUCCACAUAAUAUGGAUAAUUUUAUGCAUAAUAAUAAUAAUAAUAACAAUGGUAUUCAACCAUUUAAUAUGAUGAAUAAUAAUAAUAUUGUUCCAUUUGGUCAUUAUAAUGGUAAUGCCAACCUAAUCAACAACAACAACAAUAAUAAUAUCAUGGAUAAUAGUAAAUUUAAUGGUUUUACGAAUCUGAUGCCUCCAUCUGGUGUUAACAACGUUGUCAACAAACAUCAUACUAAUCAUUUAUUGGAUACAUCACCAUUUGAACAUAAUCAUUUUGGUUCAGCAUCAAAUACAUUUAGUAGCAAUCAAGUGGCGCCCAUUAUACCACCAUUCAAUAAUAAUGGUCCAAAUAAUCACAAUAAUAAUAAUAAUAAUAAUAAUAUUAACAACAAUAUCAACAACAAUAAUAACAAUAAAAAUCAGCCCGGUAAUUUUCAUAAUUCUGGACCAGGAAAUUUUGUCGGCCAAGGCUUUAGUUCAAGUACAUCGUAUGGUGGUAAUCCAGCAGCUAUGAUGGGACCAUUUGCUCCAGCAGCUUUUCCUGGUGCUGCAUUCAUUCCACCACAGGUGAAUAAAUUCCUUACGAAUUUGAAUCAUGCUGCUGCAGCGGCUGCUACCAAUAGCCAUGGUGGUCCAUAUGCAUUUACAUUUGGUCCUGGUUUUGCCAAUGGUUUUGGAGGAGGAGCCAAUAUCAAUGGCGGUAGUGGUGGUGCUGUUGGUGGUGGUGGUGGUGGUGGUGCUGGAGGAGGAUUUCAGAAUGAAGGUGGAAAAUUUAACGGUGGUUUUGGCAGCUUUGGAUCAUCAUCAACUUCAUUCGGACCAAACGGUUUUGGUGCUGGUUUUGGUACGAAUAAUAAUGGAAAUAAUGCUGUUCCUACUAGCGGUAAAGUUGGUCCAUUAUCAUGGAAAGUUUGUUAGAUUUGCAUUUAAACAAAACAAAAAAAAUAAUGCAAAUGUAAUUAAACAAAACAUCCUAUUUUGAUGAUGGGAAAACUGAAAGUUUACCUAAACUUCUCAAUUGAAAAAACUGCCUCUCACUUUUUCAUUUUCUUGCUUUUUUUUAUUUGUUUGUUUGUUUGUUUGUUUGCUUGCUUGGCCUUUUUUUUCCCUGAAUUUUUCCUACUUAAUUAUUCUUCUCAUUAUAUAUUAUUAUUAAUAAUAAUCAUAAUUAGCCACACACACACACAUAAAAGUCAGACAAAUAUUUCAUUUUUCCAAAUGACCAAUUGAAAUGGCCAUGACAACUUACAAAAACAAAACUAAAAAUAAAAAAAAAUUUCGCUGUAAAUUUAAUACACACACACACACACAAACACGAAAACAACACAAGAAAAUGACAUGAUAAUCAUCAUAUUUUUCCACGAAUCAUCAUCAUCAUCAACAUUUGCAAUUUAUGCUGCACCCAUUUCAAUUCAGAAUUUUUUUUUUUUUUUUGCUUCUCAUCAUCAUCGUCAUCAUCAUCAAUUGAUUGCCAAUCACAUCAUAACACACUGACACA